ACGAGUAAGGCGAGAGGAAGAGCAUUAAGUGAAUUUGAUAACGAGUAACCCUCCAAUGGGACUGCCAACAGAACUUUCCCGGAGAGCAACUUCCAAUGGCCAUGGCGAAGACAGUGCUUACUUCGAUGGCUGGAAAGAGUACGACAGAAAUCCUUAUCAUCCUCAACAUAACCCAUCUGGAAUUAUUCAAAUGGGCUUAGCAGAAAAUCAGCUUUCGUUCGAUUUAAUAGAAAAUUGGGUAAAAGAACACCCAGAGUCUUCCAUUUGCGCGCAAGAGGGGAUUUCCAGUUUUAAGGAGACUGCGAACUAUCAAGAUUAUCAUGGCCUCCCCAAGUUCAGAGAGGGUAUUGCAUUAUUUAUGGAGGAAGUAGGAGGAAGAAGAGUGAAAUUUGAUAAAGAUAGAGUAGUCCUCACUGCAGGAGCAACUGCAGCUCAUGAGGUGCUAACAUUUUGUGUCAUGAAUCCAGGAGAAGCUCUCCUUGUUCCAUCACCAUAUUAUCCUGGGUUUGAUAGGGAUUUGAAAUGGCGGACUGGAGUAGAGCUCAUAGCAGUUGAGUGCAAUAGCUACAACAAUUUUCAAGUGAGAAUGAGCAUGCUUGAAGAAGCGUACAGACAGGCAAAGUGUCAAAAGAUAAGAGUGAAGGGCAUUCUCAUAACAAACCCUUCCAAUCCACUGGGUACCACCAUGAGUGAGAAAACACUAAGAAAUAUACUGUGUUUUGCAAAAAAGAAAAAUAUUCAUCUCAUUUGUGAUGAGAUUUAUGCUGGGUCAGUGUUUUCUGGUGAAAGGUUCGUGAGUGUUGCAGAGGUUGUACAAAGUGAGAGGGAGUACGAGAAUGUUCACAUUAUUUACAGUCUAUCAAAGGACAUGGGAUUGCCUGGAUUUAGAGCAGGAGUCAUCUAUUCAUAUAACAAUAUGGUUGUUACAUCGGCUCGUAGAAUGUCAAGUUUCUGCAUGGUUUCCUCACAGACACAAUACUUGAUGGGCGCAAUGCUAAGUGACAAAGAGUUUGUGAUAGAAUAUGUUAAAGAGAAUAAGAAGAGGCUACGAGAGGUACAUAACAUGUUUGUGCAGGGAUUGCGUGAGGCAAGCAUUGAGUGUUUGGCCAACAGUAAUGCAGGACUUUUCUGUUGGGUAGACCUCCGCCAUUUGCUUCACAAAGAAUCGGAGCUUGCACUUUGGAAGGAAAUUGUCAAAGACAUUGGACUAAAUGUAUCACCUGGGUUAUCAUGCCACUGUAAAGAGGAAGGAUGGUUCAGGUUCUGCUUUGCUAAUAUGACCUUGAACACCAUGCAAGAAUCACUCGCUAGAAUUAAGCAUUUUAUAGAAAGGAGGAGCAAGAUGUCCACGUCCCUGCCACUCUGUGAACAAGGAUGUAAACUUUCCUCAUUAACCCCAUCAAACAACAAACACAAACUUCCCACAGAGCCUUGGCACCUCAAUUACAUGUAAGGAAGGCUAGUGAAAACUACAGGUUGCAUUCUGUGGUUGGAAUAUUAAUCUUGACAUUUCAUAUAGUCCCACUAACUAUGUAUGUGAGGCUAGUUAUAUACACGAAGUACACUCAUAAUUAGGAAUUUAUUAGAAAAUAAUUUAUUUUGUUCUGGUAAAGUCUUUAGGUAGAUUGAUUUACAAACAAUAGAAGAAAUAA